CCGAGUCUUGCUCAACGCGCCAGGAACUGAAUUUCGGGUCGUUCAUCUCAUUCGAAAAGAGGUAUUUAGACAGUCUGCUUGAUAAGCCUCGGCAAGUGACGCUAUCCGAACUCUCGGAUCUGGUACACCGGGAGGAGAUCACGCAGCUUAGACGAGUGCCCGGCGAGAGGGACAGAACAAACAAUAGUCCAUUCGCUGCCAGAUCGAUCUCCUCCAGUACAGAACAUUUCGGAUCAGAACAUCACUCCACAGUCUUUCUAGAUCCUGUGACUUCAUCAUGUCUUCGACUCCAUCUCUACCCAAACCAGAGCGGACACUCAUUGGAGGUUCUCUUGAGAUUCCUCGCAUGGUCUCAGGUCUUUGGCAGCUUGCUGGUGGUCAUGACGAGCAUAUUGACUUUGCCGUUGCUGUCAAAGCGAUGGACUCAUUGAUUUCGGCAGGUCUCAGCUGCUUCGAUAUGGCUGAUCAUUAUGGUGAUGCAGAGCUUCUGAUUGGGGAGCACCAUACCCGCUCUAAGCUGAACAUAAAGGCGUUCACAAAGUGGUGUCCCCCUGAGAAUGGCAUCACAUCUUUCGAAAAUGCAGAAAAAGCUAUAGAUUUGGCCAUGUCUAGAAUGAGUCAAAGACAUAUCGACCUCAUGCAGUAUCACGCCUGGGACUACACGGAUGAUACAUACAUUCAUAACCUCAACCACCUUCAAAGACUUCAAAAGCAAGGCAAAAUUGAGCACAUUGGUGUCACAAAUAUAGAUGCUGCUCAUCUAGAGCUCCUUAUCGACUGUGGAUUCACGAUUGCCACGAACCAAGUGUCAUGCUCAGUCAUCGAUCGGCGCGCCGCUCGAGGCCGUCUUUCAUCACUCUGUAUGCAGCACGGCGCCAAGAUCUUAGCUUACGGGACGCUUCUUGGGGGCUAUCUGAGUGAGAAAUGGCUUGACCAACCUGAGCCCCAGGAUUUACCGGCUUUGAACUGGAGUCUGCGAAAAUAUCUUCGCUUCAUCCACGCAGCAGGUGGUUGGAUAGCUUACCAAGGCGUUCUAAAAGCUCUGUCAACUGUUGCAAAAGAACACAAUGUUACCAUCGCCGUUGUUGCGACAAAAUAUGUGCUUGAUCUCCCUGCUAUUGGAGCGGUGAUUGUGGGAUCGCGGCUCUCAGGGGAAUCCGGCAAAUACACAGCAAGUAACUUGGCGGCUUUCAGUUUCAAGCUCACAGAGGAGAAUCUGUCACUCAUCUCCAAGGCCCAAGAAAGUCUUGUAGACAUUCCUGGGGAUUGUGGAGAUGAGUAUCGAAGAGCUCCCUAUUUGACUGCGAGUGGUGAUCUAAGUCACCACCUUGAGAAAAGCGAGCAAGAUAACAAGAUCGCAAAAGCUAUCAGGGAGGGAAGACGAAUAGAGUUCUCUUCAGGAAGUAAAUGGGAACCGAUUGCGGGAUAUUGUCGCGCUGUACGUACUGGCAAUGUGAUCCGUGUUUCGGGGACAACGGCAAAUUCACCUAUUGCUUCGAUACCUGUUCUGGGAGGAGCAUCGGCAAGAAGUCAAACUGUGGCUAUACUUGACAUUAUUGCUCGUACAAUCCAGAAAUUGGGAGGGUCGUUGCCUAAUAUUGUAAGAACUCGAAUCAUGAUCAGACACGCUGAAGAUUGCGAUGAAGUGAGCAGAGCACACGGGUGGGUUUUCGAGUGGGUCGGAAUUAGGCCCGCGAAUACUAUAGUAGUUUCAGGGUUGAUAGGGUCGGAAUUCCUCGUGGAGAUCGAAGCAGAAGCGGAGCUUGGGUUCGGGAAGGUUUUGAGGAUAUGAAGCGUGUGGCGGAUAGGGCAAGGAAUGGCAGAAUAGUUCCAAAAAGUACACAGCUUUUAAGGGUGAAUCAGAGUUUGAAGAUUCCAAGUACACUGACGACAAAUAGAAAGAGAAGAAUUUACUUCAAUCGGAAUCGAGGUUCUCAGAGACUUUUUGUAGAUAGAGGCAGAAGAGGGCUGCUUUCAUACAGUAGAGUGUCACUUCAACAGAAUUUAAGUUGGAC